AUGGACUUUGGAGGCUGCAGCGACGCCAAGAUGUCUGCCCAGAUACACAACACCAUGAGCAGCGACCUAGACAAGUGCGUCAAGGUCGCCGAAAUGAGCUCCAUCAAACUCGUCAACGCCGCGUCCCAGCCCGACCCGACCCCAUACUACAAACGCAUCAAAACCCGAGACCAAAUCGACAAGGAGGGAUUCCCUAAGUUUGGGAAGCUUCCUGCCGAGCUCAGGCUGAAAGUGUGGGAGAACGCGAUGCCGCCCUACGGACUCUUUACAGUCCUCAUGUUGGGACGCGAGGAGCCAAAGCCACAGCAACCACCUCCCCCGGCCCCCUUGGCCUUCCGUGUGGUGUACCGACUGGAACCCGUUGCCCGCGACCAGCAAGACGAUGAACUGCGCAUGCGCCUCGACACCAUGCGAGCAAUUCAGCGCACCAACUCUGAGGCCGCGUCCGAGGUGCAGAGGGCGUUCCCCACCACGAUCAACUGCACAGGUGGGAAACUGCGCUUCAACGCCGAGGAAGAAACCCUCAGCCUGUCCAAUGCGCAAUGCAUCUUGUCACAGAAUUUCCUUCUACGAUUCGAGCGAUAUAACGAAGGGGCUAUGGCCUUUGCGGAUGACUGGCACAAAAUCCCUCGAAAAAUGACAUUCAUCGGCGCAUGGUGGAACCCUUUCGCGAUGGUGAAUUACUGGCUACAAGCACCUAAAGCCACGGGCGUCUGGGGUAACCCACCAAGAGCCAGGGCCAUGGAGGGUUUCAUGGGCUUCCUCGCUGACUGCACAAGAUUAACCACGCUGGGGUUUACGUACAACCAAGUUUGCGAUGAGAGAGUCAUGCUCAUGCCGCCUCCCCAGUUGAGCACAUUGCACCACGAAGUUCUACCCUCCUGCCAUCUCGUACCCGACCUGAAACGCUCAUUCUAUGAUGAUAUCGAUGGUUGGCCCAAGAUUACUCUUCAAAGUCUCCAAUACCUUGUGGCAAGCGUUCGCGGUCUUGAGGCAUUGAUCUACGGACUGGGCACCGGCCAGGAGCUUCCGAUUCAUUGGCCAGGGAUGAGAUUUGGCCGUCCAGAGCUACAGCACCUCCAGGUUCAAGCUAUGAUACCUGCAAAGCUUACGCUUCUUGACCUAGUGGAGAGGACGGUGAAGGCGCAGGAGUUGUAG